CUCAAUCAUACCUCCUCAUGUCCUUCUCAUAGUCCGAUCCCCGUCUCCAACAGUAUCAUGCCACCUAGUGGACUCCAGAUCCACAAACUCGGCCUCGAAGGUUGUACCGACCCGUCAUCCUCGGUAGUCCGAGGUCUUCUUUGUCUCAAACUAUCUUUACCACGAGAUGUAGAUAGUCGAAUACCACGAUUGGCACUUUUUGGUUCAAAACCUCCUCGUUUACUUUCCGCACCAUGUAUCUACCCUUUACCCAUUCCUCACCUUGCUCUAUCGAGACAUCCUAACAAAGCGAAACAAUUACGGACAGCUUCCACUUUGUUGGGUCUACCAGGACCUUCAGCUUAUCCGCCUUCAUCACCAGUGAGGAACGAACCGAAACCUUCCGUUGAGGUGAAUCAAUCUACCGGUCAGGUAUUUUUGACUUUUGAUCCAGGCCGAAAUAAGAAUAGAAAAGAUCAGGGUAACACGGUGAGAAGAGAAUGGUUGCUCGUGGUGGAAUUUGAAGUGGAGAUCAUUGGAUCCGAAUCUGGAGUGUCCAAGGUGUCCAUUCCAGUACCUAAAUGUCUCGAUAAUGUCCUUCGACUCAAAAUUUCUCAACCUGUCACAUCGACAAGCUCGAUGGGUGCUAUAGAUCUUGUCACGCAUCCUAAAAUGCUUCCUUUGCCAGAAACGUUCUUCGAGCUCUCAGAAGAUAUCAGACCUCCUUCCAGAGGUCAAAACAGAGCUGGGAGAUUGGGCGCCGAAGAAGGAUGGGAAGAUGGGGAAAUCAUGGGUCCUGACGAUCAUAUGGAUGAGUUGGAUGGGUACGAGACGGAAAAUAACGAUGACGAUGAUGGUACUUGGGUUCUUGGUCGUUUUCAAAGUACUGAUUUCCUUCAACUCGAAUGGUCUUUCGCAUCAGCCAUCCCUAAACUCAUUGUCAAUCCAAGUUGGCAUCCUCAAACUCCAUCCAUUUCCCUAUCGUACGAAACUUUGAUCGAAGCUUUCUCCAUCCUUCCUCUUUUUGUAGACUUACCAGAUGGUUGGGGAUGGCAAUCUCUUGAUAUUUCCGCCGAUGGUUUGCGCAUUUGGCGUUCCACCGAUUCUUCCUUCUUCUCUUCUCAAACCUCUUCAAAUGAUAUGGACGAUUCAUUCCAAGAUGACUCAUUCGCUACCGUUCGGAACAAAUCUAAAUCCUUCAAACGCCCCAGUAUACUAUCCAAUGGCGACACGAGAGCAUCUUUGUUAGCGCAAACCAUGCCGAACUUGGGUGAUGAUACAUUGGACGAUUUCUCAUUUGAGAUACCACAAGAACAUUCUUCCAAACCUUUACAUCCCAUGACGCCAACAACAUCAAGUUUGAAAUCUUCCUCGAUGUCUAAACCUUCCUCGAUGUCUUACUCAAAAGGAAACGUACCCGUUCAUGCUACAUGCUUCGAGCUUGAGUUCGAGCCUGUGGGAAGUGGCAGUACGGCCGAUCGAAGAGUACAACUUCAAGGAACUUUGGUCCCUUUAUCUUCUUUGACAUUUGUGUCUUGUUCUUUACCUUGUCAACUACCUAUUGUGAGACUUGACAUUCCUUCAGCACCUACAACAUGUCAAAUCACUUAUCCGACACCCGAUCAUCCUUCAAAUACAAUCACAUACGACAUGUCUUCCUCCGCUCCACCCUUCAUCUGGCUUGACUCCUCUGGUCGAUCGAUCGCACCCCAACCACUCUCCUCAGUACAAGGAGAGAUUAUGGUUCGGGUGGAAAGAGACGCAUGGCAUUCUCAAACAAUUCACCUGUUGGUUCCUAUCCCCAAGAAAACCGAUUCGGAUAUUGGUUUUUCUAUCCCGUGCCCGGGACCUAGUAGGACUUGUCAAAUAGUUCGGGCCUCUAUAGGAGGUAAAACCAUCCCUAGAUGUGUGGUGAAGUGUGAUGAUCGAUUUGAGAUUAGAUUGCGUACAGAAGGUAAUAUGGGUUCAGGAGGGAGUGUGACGUUGUCAAAUGUGGAGAUCACCAUUCAGGUGGAACAUAUGGGUGAUAUAGUGGCUGUUCCACACUUUCCUUCCGCCGUAGGCUCCAUGACGGUUCAUCUCGAAGGGAAACACUGGGGUGAUCUAUCUAAACUUACUCAUCAAACCAACUUGAAAUAUCUUUCUUCCACUCAUUACAACAUCUCUCUCCCUUGCCCAACCCCACCUUUCUUCACCUUAACCACACCCAAGACGAAAAAGUCUAAAACGAUAUUCUCACUAGGAACGUUUAUAAACAUUUUCUUCCUCUAUCUACUUCUUUCAAUGGGACAACAAGUCCAAAGGUUAAGAAACGAAGUUACUUUUUUAUCUGAUGAAGCUCGUGAUUUAAGGUUGUACACGAUAGAACUUCAAUCUCGUCCUAUCACCCCUCCACCUUCGUCUCUAUCCCCUGAGAACGUCGAUGAGAGGGAUAUGAAGGGAAUCAAGUUUGAUGAGGUUGGGAGUUCGAAUAAGUAUGAACAGACUUCUGUCGCUAGGGUUGUUUUACAGUCUGCUUGGGGAGAAUGGGCGAAUCAUCCAACGCAAGGAAGAGGAAGAGAAAGAGGAGAAAAAUACCACUUGGUACUCAGCUAA